AUGCACUUCCCAGUUUACGCUACCUGCAUAACCGUGAAGCUAUUGGGAAAGACAUCACCGUUUCCGGAAUAUGUCCUGAUGCAGAUGUCACAUUCUACCACGAUCCCUGGCCAAUGUAUGAACGACCUCCAAGUUCACUUGACAUUUGACUACCAUCCGCCAUCGCGCCGCGAGCGCAUCGCCACUUCAGGGCGGCACGCAGGUCGUCUCGCUAAAUCGCAGGACAUGUCACAGUUCCGCGUCUCUCCUUGGAUAACAUACGAUCCCUCUCCCGACGCUCGCAACGAACCUUUGGUCCGCAGUAAUAUCCACUUCUCCAGCAUGAACGAAGACGUCGACAUGGACGCUCCCCAGAUCUCCACUCUGCGGGAGGAAGAAACGCCAGAGCCGCAGCCGAGCCCGUCUCGUACUUCUAAAUUCAGGGUUAAACUACUGGUCAAUGAGGGAAAACGCUGUUCAUUACCAAGUACCAGUACGCGGAAACAAGCUCAGGCAGGGAGCGAGGAUGACGAGGAGGAUGAAGAUGAAGAGGACCAGCUCAUUGACGACGAUGAAGAUGACACACAGGCUGCGCCGCUCGCCCCUCCUGCACAACCUGUCGCUAGCACACGAGGUCUGCCUGCGAAGCGUGGAUUAGGCAGGGGGAGGGGUGGAGGGAGGAAGAGAGGCGGGCGAGCUGAGGGAGCCUCAAAACUGGUGGCACAACCAUCAUUUGGGGAUACAUUGGAUAUGACUCUUGCUGGCAGCAGUACAGCGCCUGGAGUUGCUGCAGCGAAGAAGAAAGCCGCACCUGCUAAAGGUGCAAUGGCGCAACGAGCCAUCCGCAAAAGGCCCUCCAAAUUGGCGAAAGCACCCGUAGCUCCUCCUCAACGAGAUGAUGCGGAGAGCAUCGGCGAAGCCCAGUAUCCGGGAACGGCAGCUUCGUCACCUAUGCCUUAUGACGAGCAUACCCCGGAGAUUGACAUCUCAGCUGUGCCUAUAAUAUCGGCACCACCAUUCGAAGAUAGCAGUCUCGAAGGCGUGCCUUUACCCAUGUACCCUCUUCCAUCUAAACCGUUCCCAGUCCAACCACCGCAAAAAAUAGGCACAGGAUUUGCCCCCGUUAUACCUCUCGACAGGAGCAGAAAGUCUGUCCGAGGCUGGCGGCAGGUAAAUCGAGAGGUGCGGGGCAUCGCCGGAGGUCGGUGGUUUAGUCGAACCUGGGUUGGAGAGAAGGAAUCCGAAUUUGCAUCGGCUACCUCAGCAGCAGUUGCCGCGUCUGCAGCAGCUGCUGCAGAGCGUGAAGCUGCACUUGGCUUACUUGCAGGUGCUGGAGGAGUAGCUCUGCCGAAACUUCCAGCAAUUGCCAUAGCGGGCACGACCGGAAAACACUCUGGGAGGGGAAGGGCUGCCAAGCUGGAUGCUGCAUCAUCUACAGCAUCUGCUUCUCGGGCAGGGUCUGCGAAUCCAGACGGCAUUCCUCAGGCUGCAGCUGCUCAUCAUAUACCGAAGAAGCGGAAGUCUACGUCGCUGGCUACGCUCAACGCGGAGGCUAUUGUACCACACGUCCCAGAAUCAGAAACUGUCUUAUGA